UAUUUUACUAUUUAUUUGGUAUUGUGUUCGCGUUAUGUCUGAUGAAUUUGAUUAAUUUUUAUAGUUAUUGGUGUUAAUUGUUCUAUUCUCAACAUUAUUAUCUACGUUGUUUCGGUAACUAUUGUAUAUAAGAUUUCACUAAUUCAUCACAAGUAGUUUGUUAAAAUAAAAGAUAUCAGACAUUUUGAAUAUUUUUUAAACCUAGUGCUUACGUCUAGAUUUGCAGACUAUACCAAUCUUUCUGUUCUUCUAUCUAACCAGUUUCAAUGACGCCCCGAUCUCCCGAAGACGAGCAGGAAAAGCUGCUGGAGGAGGCUCUGGCCAUCGUCAGAGUCCAAGCAUUCCAGAUGAAGAGAUGCCUCGAUAAGGUGAAGCUCAUGGAUGGAUUGAAACAUGCGUCCACUAUGUUGGGAGAACUUCGCACAUCACUGCUCUCACCCAAGAGCUACUACGAACUUUAUAUGGCGAUAACUGAUGAACUGAGACACUUGGAGCUAUAUUUACUUGAUGAAUUCCAGAAGGGACGGAAGGUGGCAGACUUGUAUGAGCUGGUCCAGUAUGCUGGCAAUAUUGUCCCCAGACUGUAUCUGUUGAUCACAGUGGGGUUGGUGUACAUCAAAACGAACAUCAGUUUGAAGCGGGAUUUGCUCAAGGACCUGGUGGAGAUGUGUCGUGGCGUGCAGCAUCCUUUGCGUGGGCUUUUCCUGCGGAACUACCUGCUGCAAUGUACACGCAACGUGCUGCCUGAUGUGCCUGAUGGCAGCGGUGAUGAGGCAGAGGGUUCUGUGCGGGACUCUGUGGACUUUGUACUAAUGAACUUUGCUGAGAUGAACAAGUUGUGGGUGAGGAUGCAGCACCAAGGCCACUCACGAGAUCGAGAACGUCGGGAGAGGGAACGAGAAGAGUUGAGAAUCCUGGUCGGCACUAACCUUGUCAGGCUGUCACAAUUGGAGACCAUUAACCUGGACAAGUAUCGUAAGAUGGUGCUGCCUGGUAUUCUGGAGCAGGUGGUCAGCUGUAGAGAUGCCAUAGCUCAGGAGUAUCUCAUGGAAUGUAUCAUACAGGUCUUCCCUGAUGAGUUUCACUUGGCAACCCUCAACGCUUUUCUCAAGUCGUGUGCUGAACUGCAGGCCGGUGUCAAUGUCAAGAAUGUGGUCAUCUCACUCAUCGACCGCCUUGCCACCUUCUCCCAACGCUCUGAGAUUCUCACUCCAGAAAUGGAACAGGAAAUAGCUAAACUUUUUGACAUCUUCUCUGAUCAAGUGGCUUCAAUCAUCGAGUCUCGUGUGGACAUGCCUCCAGAGGACAUAGCCUCACUGCAGGUGUCUCUAGUCAACUUAGCACUCAAGUGCUAUCCUGACAGGCUUGAUUACGUGGAUAAAGUGCUCCACUCUACUGUGAACAUCCUGCAACGGCUGGGAAUAACAACGGUGGUCUACUCCAGUGGGGUUGGUAAGGAGAUGAUGACACUGCUCCGGCUACCGGUGGACCAGUACAACAACGUCCUGACUGUACUACGGUUGGAGCACUACUCUCCAUUGCUCCAAUGUUUUGACUACAACGGACGCAAGACUCUGGCUGCAUACCUGGUUAACAAUGCCCUCAACAGUGACACCUACAUCAACACUCCAGAGCAGGUGGAUACUGUGCUGGGGAUGAUUAGUCCUCUGGUAGAGGACCAGAAAGACCAGCCACCUAUAGAGGAAGAGGACCCUGAGGACUUUGCUGAAGAGCAAGGUUUGCUGGGCAGGUUUAUCCACCACCUGAGGUCAGAGAUACCCGACCAGCAGUACCUGAUUCUGAGCACAGCCAGGAAACAUCUUGGUGGCGGAGACAGACGUAUCCGUCACACCCUCCCUCCUCUUGUCUUUCAGGCUUACCAACUCGCAUUCAAGUACAGCAAUAUGCGUGAUGAGGAUGAAAACUGGCAGAAGAAGUGUGGAAAAAUCUUCCAGUUUUGCCGCCUGACCAUUAGCGCUCUGAUUAAAGCAGAAUUGGCGGAGUUGCCUCUCAGAUUGUUCCUGCAGGGGGCUCUUGCCAUUGGUCAGAUUCGCUUUGAGAACCACGAGAUUGUGGCAUAUGAGUUCCUUUCACAGGCAUUCUCAUUGUACGAGGACGAGAUCUCAGACAGCAAGAGUCAGUUGGCAGCCAUCACUCUUCUUGUAGCAUCAUUUGAGCGCAUGAGUUGUUUCGGGGAGGAGAAUGCAGAGCCGGUACGCACUCAGUGUGCACUCGCAGCCAGUAAGCUACUGAAGAAACCUGACCAGUGUCGCGGCGUCGCCACCUGCUGCCACCUCUUCUGGUCAGGCAAGACCACCAGUGGUGAGGAGAUCCAUGAUGGGAAGAAAGUGGUUGAAUGUCUCAAGAAGGGGGUACGAAUUGCAAGUCAAUGCAUGGACAUGUCUGUCCAGACACAGCUCUUCGUGGAACUCCUGAACCAUUACUUGUACUUCUAUGAGAAGGGUAAUGAUCAGGUGACAAUUGCAGUGCUAAAUCAAGUGAUUAGCAAAAUCCGAGAAGAGCUGCCGAAUCUGGAGUCCAAUGAGGAAACUGAACAAAUCAGCAAACAUUUCUCCAACACCAUCGAACAUUUGAGGAACCGAAUAGAAAGUCCAGAAUCUGAGGGUGUCAAUUAUGAGGGCCUUGUCCUCUAAACUUCAUCUGCUAUCACUUCUAACUGUGUAUUUUACAAUGAUUGUUAUAUUUAAUACUUUGUUUCUUUUAUACUGGUAUUACCACAAUUUUAUAAGCAUAUGUUUUUAAUUAAUUUCCUUUCUGUACUUUAAAAAUUUAUUAGCAUAUGUUUAUUUCAUCGGUGAAAAGGCUUAUCUUUGAUUAAGAAUACUUUACUACAACUGUGAUUGUAAAAUCCUACAAUACUUUAAAACUUUAUUGUACAAAGUCUUUCAAAAAUAAAGAUAUCACUAGCUCAGAUGCAAAUUCAACUUUAAGCUGUACAAAUAAGACUAAAUACUAAAUAAAAUUUCUCUUGAGAAUGGAAAAAAUGAAAUAUAUUUUCUAACUGCUUUUGUAUUUUCUGUAACACCUUGACAUCAGAUUUAUUGAUAAAUAACUGGUGUUUGAUGACGGUACUUGCGUUUUUUUUUUUAAGACCUUAUUCAAUAAAGUAGUAAAUUAUUUUAUAUUAUGUCUUAGUAAAUUAUUAAAUCUCAUGUCUUAGAACAUGUUUGGUAUUAGAUUUGUUGAAUACUUUUAAUUAAUGACAAUAUAACUAUCUUCAAGACGAAUCUGGUUUAUUUAUUAUAUAAUACUGUAUUUAAAGAAUAUUUUGUAAUCGUUUAUACUGUGUUCACAUUGCUGUGAUGUCUUUCAUAUGGAAUUACUUUAUUAGUGUCUUGUCCUCUGAAUUAUAUGUUAAGUGUAUGCUCAUUUUCUUAUCUGUAAUUCUUGUUGCAGUACUUUACUUGAAACUCUUUACAAUAACAAUUAAAAUUGAAGGUGUUUAACUGAAUGAAAUAUUUCAUAUUCGUCGUAAUGUUGUAAGGACAUAUAAAUGUUAUAAAAUGUCAACAAGUAUUGGAUUUUUAUUGAAUUAUUUUUAUUGGUUGUAGUAUUAAGUGUUGAUCCAUGUUUUAAGUGUGAAUUAAUAGAUGUCAAGAAAAGGCUGUGUGCUCUAAAUUAUGUAUUUAUGUAUAUUUCUUACCUCAACUGCAGUUAGAUCUUACAUAAAAUAUAACUUUUCCAAUAAGUCCUACAAGUGACUAUUUCAGUUAUUAGAGAUUUUUCUAAAUUAAUGCUAUUUUUUUAUUUUAUUAGUUUUGAUUAAGUAUUCACUAUUUUUGAAUAUGUUCUAACUGUGAAAUUAUUGUAUGUAAAAAUUCUCAAUUAUUAUAGCAUAACUGUUGUGUUACAACAAAGAAAAUUCAUUAUUAAUGUCAUAAUUAAUAUAAUUAAAGCAAUUAUUAAUAUAUUAUCUUUUACUCUUUUCAAUUUAUUAGUCGCAAUCAUUCCAUAGUAUUAAAAAUGGAAAAUAGAAUCAGUGUUCUUCCAAAUGCUGAAGUUUUUAUAUUGUAAACUGUGCAUGUGUUAUAUGUGGUUACCAAUUCCUUUAAACAAAAACCUGUCAGCUACUUGAGGCAAGUUACUCAAAUUUAAUUUUUUAAUUGGAAUUACAAAUUUUCUUUUCAUGCUUUUUUAUAUCCGUUGUAUUUGUUUUAAGUAUUAUCUGCUUUAAUAAACUGUUCAUAUGAAUGUUAUGUAAAUAAGAGUAUAAUUUAAUAUAGGUAUAAAAGAGAUGUACUCAGUAAAGAAUUCUCUACAAUAUUAUUUCACAUUAAUUAGUAUUAAUUUUGUACAGAUAGUUAUUAUUGUUCAUAUUCUAUAGUUGUAAUGAUACACAAAUAUACAUUUAUGUAGCAUGACA